UGUAUAAAUAGAGGCGCAAUGGUUCUGCCUCCGCAACAAACUAGCUAUAGCACUCCAGAAGAGUAUAAUCAGUCGAAGUUGAAUCUGCUUCGAAGCUUUGCAGAGGCACAAAAUGGUAGUAGCAGCAUACAUGCCUGUCUCCUCUCUCGGGCAACGUAUGAGCUUCCCCAGAAUAAGGCCAUGGCCUGCCAACACCCGUCCUGCUGCUACCUCUUCUCCGAUGGCAUCCCCAUAUUUCAAGGAGCUUCAGCAGCAGAUUACUUCCAAGCUGGCGGAGGCAUCCGAAAGACUUCUGGAUGCAUUUGUAGAUUCCACCUUCACAUUCAGUAAUCAGUCUUUGCGACCCACGGAGAGCAACUUUGCGCCGGUCGAUGAGAUCGGUGAGUUGACAACGAUACUGGACAUCGAAGGAGACAUACCAGCAGAUUUCCCAGAGGGUGUUUACAUAAGAAAUGGGUCGAACCCUCAAUUUGGAGCCCUCCACAACGUGGACUCCGUGUUUGGGAGGUCGGAGAACAUCUGGGUGGAGGGGGAAGGCAUGGUCCACGCCGUCUACUUCAGCAAGAGCAGCAUGGGCACAUGGUCAGUCCAAUACGCCAACCGCUACGUGCAAUCUGAUACGUUCAAGUUUGGGAAACGACGACAGAGACCCUUCGCCCUCCCGGCCGCCACCGGAGAACCCACUGCUAUGCUCGCCGGCUAUGCUCUAAACAUGCUGAGGUUCGGCAAACCGUUCCAGAACUACAGCAACACGAGCGUGUUUGAGCAUUCCGGGAGAGUAUAUACAAUCGCCGAGAAUAACGUUCCCCAAGAGAUUGAUCUGCAGAACCUCGACACAGUGGGCAGGCAUGACUUUGGCGGUGACUGGAACACCCCGUGCACAUCGCACCCGAAGGUGGUUCCGGGGUCAGGAGAGCUGGUCAUUUGUGGAUUCAAUUUGACGAAGCCUUUUCUAAUGGUCGGAGUUGUCUCAGCGGAUGGAAAGAACCUAACACACAAGGUUGACCUCAAGCUAGAUCGAUGCACAUUUUGUCAUGAAAUAGGAGUUACUACAUUGUACAAUAUUAUCAUGGAUACACCACUUACCGUCAAUCCAAGAAGGAUGCUACGAGGUGCCCCGUUGAUUGACUAUGACAAAGAAAGCUAUGCAAGAAUUGGUGUCAUGCCCCGUUAUGGAGAUGCAAACUCAGUAUUAUGGUUUGAUGUAGAACCAUUCUGUACAUUCCAUCUUGUCAACUGCCAUGAGGAAGAUGAUGAGGUUAUUGUAAGGGGAAUCCGUGUGCCGCCUUCUGUCCUUGUCGGGCUCAAUCAGGCUCAUCUGACGUCUGCUAAUGAUCAAGGAACGGAUGAGGAAUACUUUUCUCGCUUGUAUGAGUGGAGAUUAAACUUGAAAACCGGGGCCGUGAAAGGAAAAUACAUAACCGGGAAAGAUGUAGCUUUGGAAUUCCCGGUGAUUAAUGACCAAUUUGCAGGCCUGCAUCACAGUUAUGCAUAUGCCCAAGUGGUGCAUUCGACAGCCAGCUUGGCUGGUGGUAGUGGAACAGUUCGACCUAAGUUUGGAGGUUUUGCAAAACUUUAUCUUGAAGAGGCAGUGAGCAAAUAUUCUGAGCUGGCAGAGAAAGAAGAUCUCAUAAAUGUGGAAUACCACCACCUUAAUGCAAAUCAAUUCUGCUCAGGAGCAACUUUUGUCCCAAACGUCAAUGGAGGACAUGAAGACCAUGGGUGGAUAAUCUCAUUCGUGCACGACGAGGACACAAAUAUAUCACAAGCACAUAUCAUUAAUACUCGAAGAUUUGAGAGUGAAGCAAUUGCCAAAAUAACCUUGCCGCAAAGAGUGCCUUAUGGUUUUCAUGGAACAUUCAUAUCAAAAAAUAAAUAGGAGGAGAUGUACAUUUGUUAUUUAGAUAUAUAUAGCCUGGUCUCCAACGUAAUUGCCCGGGACACAUAUGUAGUCUUCUUUAUAUUUGUGUUAUUGUGUACUUACCUAGAUAUGUACAUACGUGCUAUUCUGCUAUUUAAAAUAUCGCCAAUUAUAAAUCUUCAGAAA